AUGAAUAAUACGAUUUUGAGUAUUGAGAACAUUUAUGAUGAAGUCUUAUGUAGUGAUCCUGAUAAGGAUUAUGAAGUUCUUGAUGAUAGUAUCGGAGAUGAUUCCGAAAGCCUUAAACAACUGACUACACCUUUUCUGUCAUCUGCACAUAGCACUAGUAAU